CUGAGUCCUGCUGGUUCCUCCUCUGGAAGGGCUGAUCAAAGGCCACCAGCAGCAGAUGAGCCUUUAGAGCUGGAAGCAGAGCUGCAGGAAGCCAUGGGAGACAGUUCCCCUCCUUCCCCUGGGCUCCAUCAGGGAUUCAAGCAGGACCCAGCCCCCAGGAGCAAGAGGCUGUCGGAUUCUGCAGUGCAGGUGCAGGCCCUGCAGUCAGCUAAGAAAGCCUGCGUGCUGAGCCGUGGCUGCAGCACUCCAGAUCCAGCAGGGAAUCCUCUGUUCCCUUCCCCAGGCUCUGGCUUCUCCUUUUUUCAGGAUGAGAGUGGCCAGGAUGAGGUCGGUGCCAGUUUUUCCGUGUCCAAAUAUGACGACGUGGCCAUUUCCCUGAACAUCAGCAGGUGUUUCGACGACAGCGAGAUGGAUGAUUCCCUGCUGGAGCUGUCAGGCAGCGAGAAAGGGAAUUCCCCCUUUGAUUACACCGAGGAAGAGAUCCAGGAAAUCCUGGCAGAUGAUUCCAUGGAAGCUGAGCAGCAGCAGCAGCACCUUGCUGGUGAAAGCCACUUGAGCCAAAGUGCGAGUGGGGAGAGCGACAAGGCCGAGAGCAGCGGUUGCACCAUGGGGACAUCGGUCAGUGAGGUGGCCUCAGAGGUCACAGAGGAGCCAAAAGAACCUCAGGGACAUCCCUCAGGCAGCUCUGGGUGUGAUCCUGGCUUUUUAAAUGCUCUGGAUGGGGCCCAGCUGCAGCAGGAGCUGGACCUUGACCUGCAGGAGCUGCUGAGCCUGAGCCCGUUCGCUGCCGCCUGCUCUGAUGAGGCUCUGGAGGAAAAUAACCUGGAAAGAGAAACUUUGGAUGCAAUGAUAGAUGAUUGCUUGGGAUAUUCCACAGCUGCUGGGAGGUGCAUUCCUGAAAAAUCCUCAGAAGGGGUGAUGCCUAAAGGCCAGGAAAGCCUGGCUCAGGAUUGCCCAGGAAGAUCCCUGCCCUCAUCCGACCUUCCCUGUAGCCAGAGCACAGGGGAUGAGAGUCCAGCAUCUGUGUUGCCACCAAAAAAAGAACUUCCCAAAGCAGCAACGAGCUGUUCCUCAAGGAAAUCAGGCUCUCCAGAGGAUGCUGAAAGGGAAUCCACAGGAGCUGAGCAGCCACCAGGCAGCACUAAAUUAAGUGACACAGCUGUAGGCCAGACUGGGCAGGAAGAGCCACUCAGAGGGAAAAAAAGUGGCAAAAUAAUUCUUGUCCCACGGAAGGAAGAAGAAAGGCCGAAACAACGGACCUGCAUUUCAGAAGCACAGCCUGAGCAAAAGAAACGUUUCUCUCCAGGCUGUGCCAAUCCAAGUGAGGAAAAGUGUGGCUAUUACCUCAGGAUUUCCCUUCCUGGCCAGAUGUUUUGCAGAACACGGAUGAGGAGGUGGAUGCCAGCGAGUGACAAUCACGACGUCUUGUUUUGCAAAUCGCUCCGACAAUGUUUCACCUCCCCAGUCAUCACGGCUCGGAGUGAGAGUGAGGGAUGCAGUCCAUCUCUCAGGUGUCAGGCUGUCAUGCUUCAAUGAUGUUCACUGAGGGCUUGUUUUUUGGAAACUAGGAGAGAAAAACAAAGGGAAAACGGAUGUAUAGAAGGGAAAAAUCACAUCAGAGCUCGGUGCAGUCUGCAGGUCGUGUUUUGUGAAAAUUCUCCUUCCCACCUCUUCACGA